AUUGAGCACAUCUGAAAAUACAACAUGAAGUGUUUCUUGCUCCUUGCUCUGCUUUUGGGCGUGAAUGCUCAGUUAGCCUGGGCCACUGGGUACUCUAAUCAGGUAUGCCUCAAGCUGCCCCAGGGCCCUAAGGGACCCAGAGGUAACAUGGGGCCACAAGGUCCUGCAGGUCCGCAGGGCCAGGACGGUUCGCAAGGCCCCGAAGGGCCAAUGGGUCCCGCCGGACCCGAAGGCCAGGACGGAGAGGAUGGUGAAGCUGGCAUGCCAGGUAGAGCAGGUAGCUCUGAACUGCGCAGUAUUCCGAUCAGCCUGGCCUUCUCCAACCCAUCUCUUCAUGCACCCAACCCGUUCUACAUGAGUCUUCUCUACUCUUACUUCAAUGGUCGCUACUUCGUGGGAACUCCCAGCCGACAGCGCUCUCUGGGCGGCAACGCCAACUUCAACCUGGGUCGUAGCGCUGUCAAGCUGGUUCGAUGGGGAACGGAGAUUCGUAUUCCAUUUUUGAAGUCCUACGAAGGUUCUCCUGUAUGCAAGGUUCACUUCCAGGACAUAUUCAGCCACGCAAAGGUCUAUGCAAUUAGCACGUUCCUGGCCAUCAAGCUGCCCACCAUCUGGAAGAGGAGACAGACGCACAUCCAGGCCGUUUGCUGGGGCGCUUUCCCGAAUUGCAACGCAGAGUAUUUAGCCUCGGUAAUUGGUCAUGGCUCCGUGGCAGGUGAUCUGAAGACCAGUGCGUACCUUGUGCCAGAUGUAGGGCAGAGUAAGGUCCAGAUAGGUGGCCUGUGGGUUCAGCUUGAUGUGCGAGAACACGUGACCAAGCUGCACAGUGCAUACUGGAGCACCCAGGUAGCUGGUCUUGAAGGGAAUGCGCAGUGUGUGUCCGUGGUUUAUCAGGGUUGCACCGCUGGGGACAAAGUUGGCCACGCCGCCGACGCUGACAGAGCUGUUGCCACCAGCACAGCUCGCGAACUUGUUGUAGGCGAAGAUGCAGUUGAGAAGGCUGAUUCUUACAACAUGAAGUGUGUCUUGCUCCUUGCUCUGCUUUUCGGCGUGUGUGCUCAGAUAGCCUGGGCAACUGGGUAUUCUAAUCAGGUAUGCCUCAAGCUGCCCCAGGGCCCUAAGGGACCCAGAGGUAAUAUGGGUCCACAGGGUCCUGCAGGUCCGCAGGGCGAGGAAGGUUCGCAAGGCCCCGAAGGGCGAAUGGGCCCCGCCGGACCCGAAGGCCAGGGCGGAGAGGAUGGUGAACCUGGCAUGCCGGGGAGACCAGGUAGCUCUGAACUGCGCAGUAUUCCGAUCAGCCUGGCCUUCUCCAACCCAUCUGUGCAUGCACCCAACCCGUUCUACAUGAGUCUUCUCUACUCUUACUUCAAUGGUCGCAACUUCGUGGGAACUCCCAGCCGACAGCGCUCUCUGGGCGGCAAUGCCAACUUCAACCUGGGUCGUAGCGCUGUCAAGCUGGUUCGAUGGGGAACGGAGAUUCGAAUUCCAUUUGUGAAGUCCUACGAAGGUUCUCCUGUAUGCAAGGUCCACUUCCAGGACAUCUUCAGCCACGCAAAGGUCUAUGCCACCAGCACUUUCCUGGCCAUCAAGCUACCCACCAUCUGGAAGAGGAGACAGACGCACAUCCAGGCCGUUUGCUGGGGCGCUUUCCCCAAGCCUGCCAAGAACUAAUCCUAGAUGAAGCGGCGGCCAUUGCUCUAACCGCUUAGGUAUCAUCUGUCACAUUCUAUUCUUCAUGCACGUACAUGUUUAGAAACUGAACUCCACUUUAUCACAUCCAAAAUACUGCUCUGUUAUCGCUCCAUCAUUGCUAUUCUUGUUCGGUAAUGGGAAGAGUGUUAGCAUGUAAGUAUGCACACUCGGGGAGAAUCAGAAUUCCCGUAUUUCUCUUCAUAAAAUCAGAUUUGGAGGCACCUGUAUGGAUGCGUUAUCUUCAAAUACAUAUUAUAUUGCGGAUGCUAUCGCUAGCACUCGGUUUCCUUGGAACCGGACACGAAAUUUCCUGUGUUUUUCUACACUAUAUUGUUAUGUGGAAACCCGAUAUCCGUGUCACGGAAAUCAAGUUCGAUAACCCAUUAUGAAUAUUUAUGAUUAUUAAGAUAUAUUCCAGUUAUCGCUGUUCAUCCUGGAG